GCGGGUCAGGUGACGGGUCACGUGUGUAUAAGAGGGCGCUGUGCGGAGUGUGAAGAUUGUCAGCUUCUCUUCCUGCCUAGUGUCCGCCGCCGCCAUGGACUCGCUGCUCCUGUGGACUCUGCUCCUGGGCUGUCUUCUACUACAGCCCGGGUCUGCGCUCGUCAGGAUCCCGUUGAAGAAAAUGCCGACGAUCCGUCAUACGAUGGCCGGCGCUGUCGACGAGCUACAGAAAUUGAUUGGAACAAAUGGGAAAUAUUAUGGAGGGUUUCCUUCUUCCAAAGAUCCCACUCCGGAGAAGCUCCUGAACUAUUUAGAUGCCCAGUAUUAUGGCGAGAUUGGCAUUGGAACCCCUCCACAGCCCUUCAUGGUGGUGUUUGACACUGGUUCCUCCAACCUCUGGGUGCCAUCAGUCCACUGCUCCCUCUUCGACAUUGCCUGCUUGGUACACCAUAAGUAUGACUGCUCCAAAUCCUCAACCUAUGUUAAGAAUGGUACAGACUUUUCCAUUCAGUAUGGCAGCGGGAGCCUCUCCGGAUACAUCAGCCAGGACACUGUAUCGAUCGGGAGCAUUGCAAUAAAAGCCCAGCUUUUUGCAGAAGCUAUAAAACAGCCCGGUAUUACAUUUGUGGCAGCGAAGUUUGAUGGCAUUUUGGGCAUGGGCUAUCCUCGGAUCUCUGUGGAUGGAGUACCUACUGUGUUUGAUGACAUCAUGGAUCAGAAGCUUGUAGAUGACAAUGUUUUCUCAUUUUAUUUGAACAGGAACCCUACUUCUGAGCCAGGAGGAGAACUGCUCCUCGGGGGCACUGACCCAACAUACUACACUGGAGACUUCAACUACUUGAAUGUGACUCGUAAAGCAUAUUGGCAGAUUCAUAUGGACCAGUUAGGCGUUGGAGACCAGCUGGCUCUAUGUAAAGGUGGCUGCGAGGCCAUUGUGGACACGGGGACCUCUCUGAUCACUGGCCCAGUAGAAGAAGUGACUGCCCUGCAGAAAGCUAUUGGAGCCAUUCCACUGAUCCAUGGAGAGUACAUGGUGUUGUGUGACAAGAUCCCAUCGCUGCCUGUAGUUACAUUCAGAUUUGGAGGAGUGGACUACAGCUUGACUGGAGAACAAUAUGUGCUGAAGGUGACUCAAUUUGGCCGGACCGUUUGCUUAAGUGGCUUCAUGGGCCUCGAUAUUCCUCCUCCAGCUGGACCUCUGUGGAUCAUCGGAGAUGUGUUCAUUGGCCAAUAUUACACAGUCUUUGACCGGGCAAAUGAUCGUGUUGGGUUUGCAAAAGCAAAGUGAUUCUAUCAGCUACUGACUCCCCCCCACCUCUUGGUUUAUAAUUUUUACUACAAAAAUCUGUCAGUCACAGCCCAUCUUGAAUGGCUCUCCAGCCCACUCCAUAGUAUAGUCACCACAUUUCCGUUAUUUUUCCAGACCGGAUAACCUAAGUCUACUACUGAUCCACCAGCUGGAGAUGAAGCAAUCACAUGCUUAUCAAUGUCUUCGAUGCAGAUAUUUUUGGGUGACUUCCACUCCCCUAGACUCAUGCACUGUUAAUCUUUAUGGAUUUCCUAGUGAAUCCAUCCCGUUGUUUCAAAUGCAUAGAUUUAGACUACCUUCAGACAGCCAUAAUACUGCUCUACAUCUCACAUCUUUUGUGCCAAGAACUGUAACAGAUCCAAGCAAAGCAGGAGAACUUUCCCUAUACAUUUUGCCUGGUAAUAAGUUCUCCUCAUUGCACUGAUGGAAGAUGAUGCUAUUCUUGUUUGGAGCUGUAUUAUGGCGGUCUGUGCUUAUCCUACAAGGGCUGGGAGGCUCGUAUUUAUAAUCAUUGGAUAGGCACCAGUUGUGGUUCUGAAUAGAAUUUACAGCACUUAAUCAUAUAUUCUUCUUGCCCCUGAAUUCUUGUCAAGCAAUAUGGCCACAUUCAAUGACUGCAGUGUAUUUGGAUCAAAGGAAUCUUUCUAACCUACUUUUGUUUUCUGUAGAUUACUACCCCCCUUUUUUUUUUUUUUUGUCUUGCAGACAAAAUUUGCUGAUUUAAGUGGUUUACUGGAAUUAUAUUUAAUUUAGGGUAGU